UUUCGCCUCGCGCCGCAGCCCGUCUGUCUGUCCAGCCGCCCGCGCCGCCGCCAGUGCCCGACUUGAAUCUCUCUCACGCUCUUCAGCACAUCCCUCUCUGGACUUUACACGUGACUUCUCACCCCGCCCCGCCCCGUGACAAUGUUGGUGCUUCUGGCUUUCAUCAUCCUCUUCCACAUCACCUCCGCCGCCCUGCUGUUCAUCGCCACCAUCGACAAUGCCUGGUGGGUAGGAGAGGAGUUUUUUGCGGAUGUCUGGAGAGUGUGCCUCAACAACACGAACUGCACGGAAGUCGGCGACACCUUUGAAGGGUAUACCACGCUGCAGGCCGUCCAGGCCACCAUGAUCCUGUCCACCACCCUCUGCUGCAUCGCCUUCCUCAUCUUCCUCUUCCAGCUCUUCCGCCUCAAGCAGGGGGAGAGGUUCGUCCUGACGUCCAUCAUCCAGCUCAUGUCCUGUCUGUGCGUCAUGAUUGCGGCUUCCAUUUAUACAGACAGGCGCGAAGAACUUCACAGCAAAAACAAGCAAUUCUACCCGCUGAGCUCGGAAGGCAGAUACGGCUACUCCUUCAUCCUGGCCUGGGUGGCCUUCGCCUUCACCUUCGUCAGCGGCAUGAUGUACCUGAUACUGAGAAAGCGCAAAUAGAGCUCCAGGAGCGGGUCACCUUUGCGGCAGCACGGAAUCCACAUUCAGAUAACCGUUUUGUAUAUAAUCAUAUUUUUUUGUGGUUUUUCUAGCAAACAUAUUGUUUCCUUUAAAAGCCAAAAAAAAAAAGAAAGAAAAAAGAGAGAAGAGUUUUUGCAUUCUUGAGACCAGAGAACAGACUGUGAAGCUGGUGUUCGGGACUCCUGCCCACUCGAAAGUCUCAGCAAGGCCAAGGCAAAAAUCCAGCAAAGCUCAAAUCCAGAAAUGCUCAGCGGCAAGUGUCUUAACCACGGGCCUGUGACGUGGUAAGACGAGAGACCGAGAAAGCCAGGUCUCUAGGGAGAACGUGCCUCCUGUACGUUCCGGCCGGGCCCCUUCUCACCUGAGCUUCCCUUCCCAAAUCUGCCGUGGUUGAAGGGACGUGAGGAGGGGCCCAGGUGAGGGAUGACAGUCUCCCCAGAUGUUUAGCCCAAGUGCCAUGUGAGAAGCAGUGUGGCCCUGGCAUUCUGUCCCCAUCCAAACCAGAGCCCAAUCCUCUUGUAAUGGGCUGGUCCGAAGAGUCCCAUCCAAAUUUGCAGACAGCAACCACCUGCUGGCCUUAGGGAUGGUAAUCCUUAACCUGGGUGGCAGAUUCAGACUCACCCUAAGGCGAAAAGUCUCACCGUGCGAUGCCUUAGAGCACCUUUUAAAAUGCAGACCACAGGGCCCCUCCUCAGACCUGCAGAAUCAGAGUCUUCGAGGGAUAGAGCCCAGGAAUCUGCAUUUCUAACACGCUCUUUGGGUGAUGCUUAGAUGCAUUAGAGUUGGGGACCACAGUCCCUGGGCCGGGCGAGCAGAGCUGCCUUGUAAAUGCUCGAGAUCUUGUCACCCCGAGAUGGGGACGUGGGUCCAGCCCCCAGUGCGGGCAGCCUCAGCCUCCAUCACCACAGCUGUUUACAUCUGGGCCACUCAACUCCGGUCCCAGGCUGAACCGAUAGCCAGACACCCUGUCUCAGAAACCCUCUCCCUGCUCCUCCUGCCCUGCGUUCUAAGGCUGCUGGCCUCUAACCCCUGUUUCUAGAGCCUCAGAGGACCCACCUGCCAUUCAUUCAUUCAUUCAUUCAUCAAGAUAAUAAAUCCUGGCUUGUUUGCCA